ACCAAACUUUAUAUUCUCUUUAGUACGGUUUCCUCAUCUCAUCUCAUCAGUUUAAAAAAUGCUGUCCUAGAACUCGAAACCACUUCUGGGUUUCUCUUUUCUUCUUCAUCUUCUUUUUUACUUUAAAAAAAAAAAAAAAAACUCUUUCGUUGUUUUGUUUGUUUUUUUUUUCUUUUUUGGGUGUUCUUUUCCAUGGAAAUAAUGUCCUACAACAACAACCUCCACCAUUUUGACCAUGGUGAAGCCCAUUUGCCUCCUGGGUUUCGGUUCCACCCAACCGACGAAGAGCUCAUAACUUACUACCUCCUCAAGAAGGUCCUCGACAGCAACUUCACCGGCCGGGCCAUCGCAGAAGUCGACCUCAACAAGUGCGAGCCAUGGGAGCUUCCCGAGAAGGCGAAGAUGGGAGAGAAAGAGUGGUAUUUCUUUAGCCUUCGAGACCGGAAGUACCCAACAGGGCUUAGAACAAACAGAGCGACUGAAGCCGGGUACUGGAAGGCGACGGGGAAAGAUAGGGAGAUUUACAGCUCAAAGACUUGUUCUCUUGUUGGGAUGAAGAAGACUUUGGUGUUUUACAGAGGGAGAGCUCCCAAGGGAGAGAAAAGCAACUGGGUCAUGCAUGAGUACCGACUUGAGGGAAAGUUUGCUUACCAUUAUCUCUCUAGAAGCUCCAAGGAUGAGUGGGUGAUAUCCCGAGUCUUCCAGAAGAGCGGCACCGGCACCGGCACCGGAGCUGCCAUAUCCGGGGUCAGUUCGAAGAAAUCCCGGCUGAUGAGCUCCGGAAGUCUCAGCCAACUCUAUCAAGAGCCGAGCUCUCCUUCUUCCGUCUCUCUCCCGCCACUCCUCGACUCCAAUUCCCCUUUCCCAACGGCUACUACUACUAAGCUCACCGACCGUGACGGCUGCUCGUACGACAGCCCAACACCGAGGGAGCACGUGUCCUGUUUCUCCACUACUACCUACAACAACAUCGCAGCUUUUGAGCUCGCUCCUCACUUUCUCCAGCCGCCAUCGCCGGGGUCGGCGGCCUUCCCUAGCCUCCGGUCUCUACACGAGAAUCUCCACCUGCCGCUGUUCUUCCCGCCGUCGAAUUCCCUUCACGGCGGCGACUUCCCUGCCGCCGCCAGCUGCAGCUCCACCGGGUACCUGCCGCCGCCGGCCACCAACGACGACGGGAAACCCGUAGCCUCCGAGCUUCUCGACUGCAUGUGGACUUUCUAAAGCAUGAGUGGGACCCACGCUCCCACUUUGCUGACGUGGACUAUUGAAAAAGUUUUUCUUUUUCACUUGUUCAGGUUCGGUUUGCUUUAAUUAUUAUUCUUAUUUCGGUGUGUGUUUGUUUGUUAUUUAUUUGCAGUUUCUAGCCAUAACGUGUGUUUAUGGACUUUAGGCUCUUGAUCUGUCUUUAUGCUAGGUUUUCAAGUGGUACUGUAGUACUAUGGGU